AUGGAGGUCCAGAGAGCAGGCAAUGGGAAGGAGGUCCUAAAACCCAUCUUGGAGGAAUAUCAAGACAUUUUUCAGGAACCUAAGGGACUUCCACCAAAAAGAGAAAUAGAGCAUCACAUUACACUUAAAGCAGACAGUUUACCCAAGCAGCAAUACCAUUACAGGGUGUCACAUGAUCAGAAGAACACCAUAGAGGAGAUUGUGCAGGAAAUGCUCAAGUCUGGCAUUAUUCAGAACAACAAAUCACCCUUUGCUGCUCCAGUACUUCUUGUGAAAAAGAAGGAUUUGACUUGGAGACUCUGUGUGGACUACAGAUACCUAAACAGCCUCACUAUUAAGCAUGAAUUUCCUAUUCCAGUGAUUGAAGAACUACUUGAUGAACUACAGGGUUCUAGCUGUUUUUCAAAAAUUGACUUAAGGUCUUGCUAUUUUCAGAUCCUAAUGAAGGAAGAACACAGGCCACUUACUGCUUUCACAACCCACAGUGGGCACUAUGAGUUUCUGGUUAUGCCAUUUGGCCUCUGCAAUGCUCCUGCCACAUUUCAAUCUCUAAUGAAUCAAGUUUUUCAAAACUGCCUAAGGAAAUUUGUGCUGGUGUUUUUUUAUGAUAUCUUAAUCUACAGUAAAUCAUGGGAGGAACACUGUGAACAUCUGAGAAUUGUGCUGCAGCUAUUAAGGGACAACACUUUGUAUGCCAAGCAAAGUAAAUGUCAGUUUGGUGAUCCUACUGUGGAGUAUCUUGGGCACAUUAUUUCAGCUGAAGGGGUAUCCACUGACCCCAAAAAGAUUCAAAGCAUGCUCUUGUGGCCCACACCAACCACAGUUAAGAAACUAAGGGGAUUUUUGGGAUUGACUGGUUAUUAUAGAAGGUUUAUUAAGGGAUACGGGGAAAUCAGCAAACCCCUAACCCUUUUAUUGAGGAAAAACCAAUUUCAUUGGGGGAAAGAAGCAGAUGAGGCAUUUUCCAGGCUCAAGAAGGCCAUGACCUCUGCACCUGUGUUGUCACUACCUAAUUUUUCUAAACCCUUCAUAGUUGAGACAGAUGCCAGUGGGUAUGGCAUUGGGGCUGUGUUAAUGCAGGAGGGGAACAAUGAGGAGAUGAUUAAGGAAUUCAAAGAAGAUAUGAUGAAGACCUUUAAGAUGACAGACGUUGGGCAAAUGAGCUAUUUUCUCGGCAUUGAGAUCACCUCGAUUCAAUCUACGAUUGCAUCCAUCCUGUUGGCCACGUCGCCGUCGUUGGCCACCACAAGCCCGAGUCAUCCAUCACUCAACAAGCCCGAGUCAUUCAUUCUGAUUUACCGACUAAUGAGAUUGUUCUUUGACUGGGGGCUUGUUGUUUUUCAGUCGAGCCAUACCCAGGAGUCCCCAGAGAAGCCAUUGCCUUAG